AUGUUUGCGCGAAAAGGUCUCCCGUGCGAAGGCUACCCUCCAAGAUACAUCAUUCUCGAGGUGCCGUCUUUACAACGACAUCAACGUGCUGAGAACCUCGGCCCUGGUCAACACACCAUUUCGGAUGCCUCAACUCCUGGCAGCUGGCCCUUGACAAGCACGGUCGAACCCAGUGAUACUAAAUUGAUUCAUGAAACUCUCAUUUCAACGCGCAAUCAAAGUUUGCUUCUUUACUUCGAGACGAGGGUCUGCAGCGCCCUGGCAACCGAGACCGGCCAAACCACGAAUCCAUACCGAGCGUACAUUCUUCCUCUGGCACACACAGAUCUUGGGACGCUCCAUGCAGUCUUAGCGCUCGCAUCAUGCCACCAACACUCCUCAAGGGCUCACAGGCCAACAAACAAAAGAGAUGUUACGGCGAUGUUCGAGCACCAACUGGCUGGGAUGCAGUCACUAGGCUCCCUGCUGAUCAGAGAGGAAUUGUACGGGCUCAACGCGGAAGAGGUCGAUAUCCUUCUCGCCACAGUACUCCUCCUUGUUCUCUACGACAUCUGUGAGUCGGGAAUUUGCUCACAUGGGGUGCAUCUAACCGGCACCGCCUACAUCUGCCGCAAAAUCUGCCAACAGCCGAUAGCAACGGUUUCCCCACGCACGGCCUUUCUGAUAACCAUCCUAGCCUGGCUGGAUCUACUCCGAGGGUUCAGCGGGGCCGAGGAAUUGGCCGAGGAAUUGGCCUACGAUGACGGCACACACCAGCACGUCCGAGAUUUCGAUCACAUCAGCCUUUCCGAAACGUUCGGAUGCCCCGGCGAGCUCUUCUACCGCAUCAGCGGGGUCAUCAACUCUGGUCAACAAUACUUGGCCGGAACGCUAUCUGUGUCCGAGUUUGAGCACAUCCUGGAGGCCGCGGCACAAUUCUUUCGAACUUGGGACGCCGAUAGCGAGAAGAGAGCUGCCCUAGGUUCUGAACAAAAGGCCCUGGCUGAAGCGUACCGCCACACGUGUAUCAUCCGCGUCCUACGCUUCCCCGACACUUGGCGGAUUCCAUGCGAGGACCCAAUGAUCGCAGCGUCAGUUGUGGGGAUCCUCGACGCAGCCGCCAGCAUCCCCACAGCAUCGCCCUGUUUCAAGCGGCCCCUGUUCCCGCUCUUUAUCGCGGGCGCUGAAACGUCCGUGCCGCACCAGCAGCGGUUUCGUAGAGUUGUGCAUUGGUGA